AUGCCAGAUCACGACAUCACCCCCGACGCCACCCUCCUCAACCAAAUCUUCACCACCCACCAACCAGAAACCAUCUCAAUGCUUCUCCAAAACCUCGAAAAAUGCAUAUUUAGAGCAGAAUUCCCCAACAGUCUCCCAAAUCAUCAUCAUGCUGCACGUGUUGUAGUCCGACUAGAAGCCGAGAAUGAGAACCUCAAAACAUUCACCACCAUUGCAGCUAUACAACGACUCGCCGCAUCCAUCAUUCCAGACCUCGUUCCACAAACCCUUCAAGUUGGAAAAGUGAAGAAUGCGCAAGGAAGAAUUUUCAACUUCUCGGUGAUUGAGUUUGUAGAGGGUGAGCUGCUGGAUGAUGUAUGGUGGCAGAUGAGCGCCGAGGAGCAGAGGUGUGUUGUAAUUGAGCUGGUUGAAGCACUUGAGAAGUUACACAAUGCUCGGCUAAGUGACACUAAAGUCCAGGAAAUCUUGGGCAAGUCCCUUCGUGAAGAAGGUGGUGAGGUGUUAAAGAGUUUCGAGCAGGCGGCAGGUAUCUUCGGUGGCCCUCAUACGGGAUAUCUGAAUGGAGGACCUGCCUUGUUAGAGUCUAUCAUGGAAAGACGAAAGCUCAAGAACAAGCCAUUCUGUACUAUGGAGUCUCUUGUCGAUUCACAAGCUAUCAGCAUUCAGUCCAAUUACGAAGAGCUUGGAUCGAUACUUAUCAACACCUCCGACAUUGACAAAUGGUCAGGUGACGCCGUCCUCUGCCACAACGAUCUCACUCCACGCAACCUAAUCUUGCAAUCUCGCGCCGGUACAGAUGGUGAAGUCAAGUACAAACUAGCCGGGAUCAUCGAUUGGGAGCUCGCGGGGUUCUAUCCUCCUUCCUAUGAGCUCAGUCUACAAGAUACAUACCUGAGUGGUGCGAAUCGACAUAUUUCCUUCUACCUACUCUUGAAAGAACAGAUGAAGGAUAUCGUACCGCGAUCUUCAUCACAGGUUGUGCUUCUAGAAGCUAUGGAGCUCAUCUAUGAGUCCCAGCAGAGGUUGUUGUUAAAUGGUACUAACAUCCCCGCCCACAUCCGGAAGAGGUUCUUGGAGGAGUUGAGGUUGGUGAGAGAUAGUGAUCCUUAUGUUGGGUGGGCGAGAAGACCGCGGGAUGGGCCGUUUGCUGAAUACUCUAGUGCUGAUAUUCAGAAGUUGGAGGAUGACGUGGUGGAGGAGAUGAUUGCGAGAAGGAGGUUGAAGGGAAGCUGA